CAGACAGCGCUAAUGACAGACAGCAGAUAGGGCGAGAGAAAAAAAAACAAGGGGAAAAGAUAAGCGGCUGCCAGAGCCUCUACAAUAAUUGCAAUAACUGAAUUGUCUCUCGGUGCCUAAAAGCUUGUUCUUGAAAAACGCAUCACCACAUUUGGCAAUGAGGACAUCUGUCGCCCGUGCAUACCAUUUGUUUUUGGAGGAUUCGGGGACACAACUGAAUCGGGUUUUUACAGCUGAAAGGGUGUAAUUAAAGCUUGGAUAGAGGGAAAGGUUGGAAAUAGUGUGGAGAGGACGUUUUGGGCAGGACAUUUCACCAUAUCCAACGGAUACUUAAAACAAUGAUCUCAUCGUGUGUUAUUAAACAAAGGUUGAUUCCGUAGCCUACAAUUCCUAUUUCAAUCUCUAAUUCGUGGUGUUGGUUUUUUGAUUUUCCACUCAUCUUUUUCCGUGGUAAAGGAUGCCAGACCAGAUCUCGGUAUCCGAGUUCCUCUCGGAGACCACCGAGGACUACAAUUCCCCCACGACUUCCAGUUUCACCACCCGGUUGCAGAGCUGUAAGAACACCGUCAAUGUUCUGGAGGAGGCUUUGGAUCAAGACCGGACUGCUUUACAGAAGGUGAAGAAGUCUGUGAAAGCCAUCUACAACUCUGGUCAAGAUCACGUCCAGAAUGAAGGGAAUUAUGGCCAGGCACUGGACAAGUUUGGUAGCAACUUCAUCAGCAGGGACAACCCCGAUCUAGGAACCGCCUUUGUCAAGUUCUCCAGCCUCGUCAAGGAGCUGUCCGCACUUCUGAAGAACCUGCUCCAGAGCUUGAGCCAUAAUGUGGUCUUCACCCUGGACUCUCUUCUCAAAGGGGACCUCAAAGGAGUUAAGGGGGACAUAAAGAAGCCGUUUGACAAGGCAUGGAAGGACUAUGAGGCUAAAUUCACCAAAAUUGAGAAAGAGAAGAGGGAGCAUGCUAAACAACAUGGGAUGAUUCGGACUGAGAUUACCGGAGCUGAGAUUGCAGAGGAGAUGGAGAAGGAGCGACGUCUCUUCCAGUUACAGAUGUGCGAGUACCUGAUCAAAGUGAAUGAGAUCAAAACUAAGAAGGGAGUUGACCUGCUCCAGAACCUCAUAAGGUACUACCAUGCACAGUGCAACUUUUUUCAGGAUGGAUUGAAAACCGCAGACAAGUUGAAGCAGUAUAUUGAGAAGCUUGCAGCUGACCUGUAUAACAUAAAGCAGACCCAGGAUGAGGAGAAGAAGCAGUUGACGGCUCUAAGAGACCUCAUUAAAUCAUCUCUGCAGCUGGACCAAAAGGAGGACUCUCAGAGCAAGCAGAGUGGAUACAAUAUGCACCAGCUACAGGGGAACAAGGACUUUGGCAGUGAGAAGAAGGGCAAUUUGAUGAAGAAAAGCGAUGGGUUACGGAAGGUGUGGCAAAGGAGGAAAUGUUCUGUGAAGAGCGGCAUUCUCACUAUCGCACAUGCCACAUCUAACCGACAGCCGGUGAGACUGAACCUACUGACCUGCCAGGUCAAACCCAGUGGGGAGGACAAGAAGUGCUUUGACCUCAUCUCCCAUAAUCGCACAUAUCAUUUCCAGGCUGAAGAUGAACAGGAGUUUGUGAUCUGGAUAUCGGUGCUGACCAACAGUAAAGAGGAGGCACUGAACAAGGCGUUCCACGGGGAGCAGAGUACAGGAGGAGAGGACACCCUGGAGGACCUGACCAAAGCCAUCAUAGAAGACGUGCUACAGAUACCUGGCAACGAAAUCUGCUGUGACUGUGGUGCAGCUGAGCCAAAAUGGCUGUCUACUAAUCUUGGCAUCCUGACGUGUAUCGAGUGCUCUGGGAUCCACAGGGAGAUGGGUGUCCACAUCUCCCGCAUCCAGUCCAUGGAGCUAGACAAACUGGGGAGCUCCGAACUCUUGCUGGCUAAGAACAUAGGGAACAGUAGUUUCAAUGGCAUCAUGGAAGGCAAUAUUCCAUGUCCCUCGCCAAAGCCCACCCCAUCAAGUGACAUGACGGUGAGGAAGGAAUACAUCAACGCAAAAUACCUGGACCACAAAUUUGCCCACCAGACUGGCAAAGCCACGGUUCCAGGCAAGUUGUCGGAGGCGGUGCGCUCCCGAGAUCUGCUGUUACUUAUCCAGAUUUAUGCCGAGGGGGCGGAGCUUAUGGAGCCCCUGCCCGAGGCAGGAAAGGAGCCCGGUGAGACUGCCCUCCACUACUCUGUGAGGACUGCUGACCAGACCUCCCUGCAUCUAGUGGACUUCCUGGUGCAAAACAGUGGUAAUCUAGACAGGCAGACGGAGAAUGGAAACACUGCACUACACUACUGCUGUCUGUACAAAAAACAAGAAUGUUUGAAACUGCUACUGCGGGGCAAACCAGCCAUCGACAUCGCCAAUCAAAGUGGAGAGACUGCUCUGGACAUUGCAAGAAGGUUGCGAGAUACCCAGUGCGAGGAACCGCUGAUGGAGGCGGCAGAGGGGAAGUUUAACCCUCACGUCCAUGUGGAGUAUGAGUGGAACCUGCGACUGGAGGAAAUAGACGAGAGUGAUGAUGACCUUGAUGAUAAGCCAAGUCCUGUGAAAAAAGACCGCUCUCCGCAGCCCCAGAGCUUCGGCCACUCCUCCAGUAUGUCCUCCCCUCAGGACAAGCUGACACUCCCGGGGGGUUACACCCCUCACAGGGACAAACAGCGCCUAUCCUACGGGGCCUUUGCCAACCCAGUCUACAACACCUCCACAGACAUGUCUCCCUCACCAGGACCUGACGGGACUACACUACCCAGCAGGACAGCAGGGAAAGCACCCUCUACUGGCCCGCCUACCUCCCUUCCCCUGGGCUCCCAGACUGGAGGCAGCGGGGGCAUCUCCACCCUUAAGAAGAGACCCCCACCCCCUCCCCCCGGGCACAAGCGUACCCUCUCAGACCCCCCCAGCCCAGUCCUGCAAGGCCCCCAGAGCACAGGUGGGACCGGUUGGGGAAGCGUGUCCACUCCCCCGCCUACAAACAGGACCUCACCUGGAAACCAGUUUGAGCAGCAGCAGAGCGCUACCAUUAGUAAUACAAAGUCAACACUUGGUCCAAGGGUUCUACCCAAACUACCUCAAAAAGUGGCACUACGGAAGAUCGACACUAUCCACCUCCCUUCAGUGGACAAGCUCUGCCAACCUCCGGAGGUUCUACAGAGAUCAACCUGCGCCCAACUAGAGUCUUACCAAAAAUCGCCCCAGCCACUGCAGACCCCCGGAGACACCCCUCAGAGGGCCCUGUUGGCAGAAAAAACGCAGCUAAGUGAACUGCCUCCCAAGCCCCAGAUGUCAGAUCUUCCCCCCAAGCCCCAGCUCUCUGACCGACCCCCGAAACGACAACUGUCGAAUCUCCCGCCCAAACCGCAGCUCAAGGACCUCCCGCCCAAGCCUCAACUGAGCGACAUCCCUCCAAAGCCCCCUGUCAUUGAGCGGCUCCCUCCGGGCGAGGCCGUGCAGACUGCGAUGGACAAGCAGUCUUGCAGUCAACAGGGGGAGCUAUCCCCCAGACAGGCCAGUGAGGACACCAAUGGAUCCCCGCCAUGUGCAGUGGAAAUGCCUGUGCCGCUGCCUCGGAAGAUCAACACUGGGAAGAGUAAAACUAGACGGGUGAAGACCAUUUACGACUGCCAGGCAGAUAACGAUGAUGAGCUGACCUUUGCAGAGGGAGAGGUUAUCAUCGUCACAGGAGAAGAGGACCCGGAGUGGUGGAUCGGGCACAUAGAAGGACAUCCCGAGAGGAAAGGGGUUUUCCCCAUGUCCUUUGUGCACAUUCUGUCCGACUGACAGCCGGAGAGACCAUUCCUCUAAUCUAGCCUCACAUCAGACUUUAGGCAGAAGUGAAACAAAUGCGAACAAAGAAUCCAACCCAGCCUCAUUGCAAUGAAGACGUAUUAUAUAUAAACUGUGAUAUCCUGCCUACCAGUAUUACCGUAGCAGCAACCCAGCAUGAAACUGGGUUUGCAGUAGCUUUCCUCAGAAUUUCUCAAUGCUGUAGCUGUAUUUUCAAUGACCUCCUAGGGACAGUGGGUUAACUGGUCUAGGAACAGUGGGUUAACUGGUCUAGGGACAGUGGGUUAACUGGUCUAGGGACAGUGGGUUAACUGGUCUAGGAACAGUGGGUUAACUGGUCUAGGAACAGUGGGUUAACUGGCCUAGGAACAGUGGGUUUAACUGCAGAACAACAGAUAUGUACCUUGUCAGCUCGGGGGUUUGAACUCGCAACCUUCCGGUUACUAGUCCAACGCUCUAACCACUAGGCUACCCUGCGCCCCUGUGUAUAGAUAAACAAAUCUAUGUAUGUCCAUGUAAGUGUGUCUUUGUACAUACAUAUGCACACCUAAGAGUGUAUAUUUCUGUACUUCUAUACAAGUGUGCAUAUGUACAUUGACCCAGCUUGCUCAGAAAGGUAGGGCUAUCUUCUUCUUGUUCCAACGGUCUACCAUUUUAGCUUGACUGUUUUAUGUCAUUAUCAUCUCUUGAACUCUUGAAAGUAGUUCAUGAUCAUGAGAUUUGAUAAGGAGUUUGUUACUCAGAUAAUAUACAGUAUAUUAGCCCUUAUGGCACAUAUCCUCUCUCUCUACUGGCCUGUUUAUUUGGCAAUGCAACAAAGUGAGUUUUGAGAUAGCUGAAAGACUGAAAGGUUGGAGGAAGUAUUUAUUCAUGACAAAUAUAAAAUGUGUUUGUUUUAUUUUUGCUUAUAAUGGGAUCCAUUUGAAGAGACUUUUCUGUCACGGUAAAUUAUACAAUGCUGAUUUGAGCGAUAAAGCGAUUAAGAGCCUAGGAAGUCAAACCAUUUGUUGUAGUGCUGGCGGCUGCCACAGUUACUGCAUCAAUCCCCCAGUUGUUAGUAGUUCUCCUUCACCUUAAUUGUGAUAUUAUAUGAUUACAUGUAUAGUGCGAGAAAUAUGCACUUAACGAAUCUUGAGAUUGUUGUGAAACGUGAAUUUUCAUGGAAAUCUCCCCUGCUUGACCAGAGUAUCAAUCCAUGAAGUGAAAAUGGUAUUACACAUACACACACUCACACUAAUGCACACACAUUGUUUCACAAGAUCAAAUAUGAAAAUUGUAAUCAAACCAAGCAUUGUGUGUGAUACAAAUUAUAGCUUGAGGAUAGAUGCUUCGUUUCAUACCGGGCUUCCAUCAGUAUUGGUCUGCAAGUUUCAACGGAGAAGGAUGAAGUUGCCCAACUAAUGGUUAAAGGGGGACUGAACUUCCUCAUUUAGCCACAUUUUUCAUAUUGCCCAUUAAGAAAUGCAGCAGCCAUGACUGAAGCCAAAUGAGAGUUGUCUUGUACAUUCACUCCACCAAAACAGUACACAAUUAGUCACUCACCCUUAUAGAUAACUUGAAACAGUCAAACCAGGUCAUUUUCAUGUUGCACACCUUUUAGUUCUUAUUAAAUGCUUUCAAUUUUUGUAUAUGAAUUUCUAUCAUUUAUAGUUGGAGGUUUUUAAGUCAUAAUCAUUUGGAGAUAUUGUCGUUUUAAAUUUGAGGCUGACAAACUCCCCAGUCCCUGCUGAUGACAAGCACACCCAUAACAUGAAAAUACAGACAGUUUCACUUUGCAUUGGAUUUGACCCAAUACUUUCGUUUUUAAUUUAUGCCAGAAAGUACAAAUCUUUGCCGAGUUGUCUUGCCGUAUUACUUAACGGUCUUGUUGGAAACAGAAUGGAUGAUUUGUAGUGGAUUUUUGAAUACAGGCCGAAGCAUGAGGUCAUGUUGUUAAGCUUCAGGAUUAUUAUAGAUUUUUUUUUAACUCUUAUUCAAUUUUACGGUGGAAUAUGAUUCAUUUUUAUGUUUGUUUAGAUUUGUCAUGGAGGAAUUUGCUGUGACUGACGGAGGUGUGAAAAUGACUCUGAAUGAGAUGCCAUUUUUAGUUACAAGGUUUUGCCUUAGUUUAAAAUAAAGCUGUUGUCGUAUUAACAGGAAAGGAAAGAUGAACUAUUAAUGCUUCUUGUAUUAUAUUUGAUGUUGAUGGUCAGUGACAUUUCUUAUGACUAUAGUUAGUGAUUGCUAAAUGGAGACACCUUUUAUUGUGUAUUGAGUGUAAAUGUAUGUUUGUUUCUGUUUGGGGUAGAAAAAAAAACUGUGUCAUUGACAGCUACACCACUAUCCUUGUGUUUGGCAUUGACUGUUUACCAGUAGCUCAUUCAGCUAGGUUAUUCCUUGUGGGGGAAAAUUUGUUAGCACGUCUUGUUAUUGUUCCUAAUAUGUGUGAUGAGAAUUGAAGCUUUCAUCACAGCCCCUUUAGACCAGGCUUUUUGUUACAUUUCUCAACAAAGUUUGUGUGAUUUCAGCACAGGCAAAACCAGUGGGGCCCCACUGAUGGAGGAGUGAUUAAGCCAUGGCAAUCAAUUGGCUGAUUCCCAAAUCCUCUAGAUUUUUACAUUUACUUGAAUAUUUAUUUAAUCUAGAAUUAUACCAGAAGCUGGACAUGGGUAAUAAUUAAUUAAACAUAUUCUAAUGCAUCAAAUUCAAGUCAAAUUCCGCGCCUGUGUUAUUCCUCACUCAAGUUGGAUGUAUAUUGGACUGGCACUGCCAAACCGUGCUUUUUAGAAGGCUAGUUUGAUAUUUGUUUUAUUGUGAAAUAACUGGAUGCAGAGCUACCCAUGUUCCGCAUGUGUGUUGGCUUCAUUGUUUGAUAUUGUGUGUUGAGGACAGAACCAUGACUCCAUUAUUCAUCGAAUAAUAAAGAUUUUAUGUUGAA